UUAGACUAAGACUGGGACAUCAAGACAUCACGGCAUAUAUUUAGUUAGUUCCAUCAUUUACCGAGGAGAAAACUCCAACAUAGCAAAAUUUUUGCACACCGCAAGUUCAAAAGGGAUGUGUAAAGUACACAACUGUGUCGAAAUUCCCAUUCUGACGCUAGCCAAAUACUGUAUGAUAUUCGUGGGGAUAUGGAAAUUAGAGUUUCCCACCAAAAAUUACAUGUCCCGCAGAGUCUACGACAUCUACUCCGGAUUCGUGAUGAUUUACUUUCCGCUAUUCGUUUCGUCCUUGUGCGUCCAAUUCGCCGUAUCGCUGCGCUCAGAGAAAAGCAUGGUGGACGUAUUUCAGGAGUUAUCGUUCAUUAUAUUUGUGGCUAUAGUCGAAGUUGGUGUUAUACUCUGCCAGAGUGACGACUUCAAACAUAUUAUCUGCUCUAUAAUUGAGGAGGAGAGGCGAAUACACGAAACUCGAGAUGAUGAGCUAUUAAGCUACCACGCUUCAAAGAUAAAAUUUUGCAACGCUAUCAACUUGACGAUUAUCGUUUUUGCCCUCGGUACGGGUUCUUCUGUAGUCUUGGAAAACUUCUGGAAAAGGCUGGAGGUGGAGCGGUACAACCACGGUCGCAACGAGACUGUCGAAAAACAUUUUCUCUUUGAAAUGUAUCUAUACAAAUUGGAUCCUUAUAAGUAUCCCCGGGUUAUGCUAGCCGUAAACUAUUUCAUGCUUUUAAUCAACGUUUUUCUGAUAAUUUCGACGAAAAUUGUUUUCGUUUCAUGCAUUAUUUUCAUGUCGUCCAGCUUGACGAGGCUCCAGGUGGCGUUUAGGAAAACGGCCACCACUUCAACCCCUCUGGUAGACCUCAUUCGGCAACACCAGCAUGUCAUAAGAUUCGUGAAGAAACUCAAUGAGUCGAUAAGGUACAUGAUCCUGAUGGAAUACCUUCUGAAUUCCGUCAACGUUGCGGCAGUCUCCAUACAGUUUAUCGCGUUUGAGCAGGGCGUUACGAUUUCGCCUCUCCUCUACUUAGUUUACCUGUUAGUGCAGAUUUUCGCCUUUGGUUGGAACGCGCACGAAAUACAAAUUCAGGAAAGGCGAAUACUCGAAUCGAGCGAUGAUCAGGUGAUAAGCUACCACGCUGCCCAGAUCAAAUUUUGCAAUGCGAUCAACUUGAUGACUAUCUUCUUUGUGAUUAUCACUGGAGUUUUUAUAAUCCUGGAAAAUGCUUGGAAAAGGCAGCAAGUGGAGAAGUACAUCAACAAAUUCAAUGGGUCCGCCGAAAAACCCUUCAUCUACGAACUGUACUUUUACAAGUUCGAUCCACACAAGUACUCCAACGUUAUGAUGGGUGUGAACUAUCUGAUGCUUUUAACCAACAUCCUACUAAUAAUUUCGACCAAGAUUGUUUUCGUUUCGUGCAUAAUUUUCGCGUCGUCUAGCUUGAGGAAACUCCAGGUUGGGUUUAAGAAAACAGUCUCUAUCUCAACUCGACUGGUAGACCUCAUUCGGCAACACCAGCGUGUCAUAAGAUUCGUUAAGAAACUCAAUGAGUCGAUAAGGUACAUGAUCCUGAUGGAAUACCUUCUGAAUUCCGCCAACGUUGCGGCAGUCUCCAUACAGUUUAUCGCGUUUGAGCAGGGUAUUCCGAUUUCGCCUCUCCUCUAUUUAGUUUACCUGCUGGUGCAGAUUUUCACCCUUGGAUGGAGCGCUAACGAAAUACAAAUUCAGAGUCUGGCCUUGGGGGACGCCUUGUACGAUUCUCCGUGGUACGAGCAAAAUGAUCAAGCCAAGCGGUUAAUACUGAGCAUGAUCGUGCGAUCGCAGCGACCACUGGCCUUGACCAUAGGACCAUUUGACACGAUGACCACAGCAUCUGCACUGAGGAUAAUGAAAGCUUCUUACUCAUACGUUUCGCUUAUGAUAAACUAAUUUGGUGAGGCAGUGGUCUUGUUGAAUUGCUUAAAUAAAUGAUUAUUAGAGAAAUUUGGUAACUUGUUUCGGUAUUUCUUACACUACCAAUAGUUCAUUAUCUUCUCACAACUUCAGUUCAUUCAAAACAAAACAUCAUUGACCAAAUAUCAAAAGUUCUAAAGAAGUAUAACGUCAAAACCAGAUUUACCACUUGUCCAAAAAUCUCUCAAAAUCUCGUUAAAGACAAAAUUCCAUUUGAGAUGCCAGGAGUUUACAACAUUCCAUGCAUAUGCGGCAAAGAAUACAUUGGAGAGACCGGACGAAAAAUAUCAACUAGUCUCGAAGAACACGAAAGAGCCUUACGACUAAGACAAAUGAACUCAUCAUCUGUUGCCGAACACACUCACGAAACCGGACAUAAACUUUUAUUCGAUAAAACUAAAAUUCUCGCAUGUAAUCAGCUCUUCUACCAACCAAAAAUCCGAGAGUCUAUAGAAAUCUAUA